AUGGGGAAAGGGUUUCAAGUAGUUGUGGUGAGAGAUUAUGAUCCAAACAGAGACUUAAGGAGAGUGGAAGAACUUGAGAAAAGCUGUGAAGUCGGGUCUUUAGUAGUGGAUCUCAUGGGUGACCCGCUUGCCCGGAUCCGACAGUCUCCUUCUUUCCACAUGCUCGUGGCAGAGAUCGGUAACGAGAUAGUUGGAAUGAUCAGAGGAACGAUCAAGAUUGUGACACGUGGCGGAAAUGCAUUACUUGAUCCACGUAGCAAAGAUGACGGCGUUUCGCCCGAAAUAAGCACCACCAAACUCGCCUUCGUCUCCGGCCUCCGAGUUUCUACGUUUUACAGGAGGAUGGGAAUUGGACUGAAAUUGGUGCACAGACUCGAAGAAUGGUUUAGACUAAACGGCGCCGUUUACGCAUACGUGCAAACGGAAAACGACAACACAGCUUCGGUCAAACUCUUCACCGAGAAAAGCGGUUACUCUAAAUACCGAACACCUGUUUUCCUGGUCAACCCGGUUUUCAACCACCGAGUCACAGUAUCUCGCCGAGUCAAAAUCGUCAAACUCGAUCCCUCCGACGCCGAGUCACUCUACCGCCACCGAUUCUCCUCCACCGAGUUUUUCCCUUCAGACAUUAACUCAAUCCUCACCAACAAACUCUCACUCGGCACUUUCCUCGCUUUGCCACGUGGCAGUGACUACGUUUCCGGAUAUUCACCUGACCCGACCGGGUCAUGGGCAGUUAUAAGUAUCUGGAACAGCAAAGACGUGUACAGGCUACAAGUUCAAGGAACUUCGCGUCUCAAACGCACAUUAGCCAAAACAACGCGCGUUCUCGACGGCGCGUUUCAGUUUCUGAAAAUCCCUUCGUUUCCUAACCUUUUCAAACCGUUCGCGAUGCAUUUUUUGUACGGUAUCGGCGGAGAAGGGCCACGCGCGGCGGAGAUGGUGGAAGCGCUUUGCUCACACGCUCAUAACAUAGCUCGAAAAAGCGGUUGCGCCGUCGUGGCUGCUGAGGUGGCGUGCUGUGAGCCACUCAGAGUUGGUAUCCCUCAUUGGAAGGCGCUCUCGCCGGAGGAUUUAUGGUGCUUGAAACGCCUCCGAGACAAUGACGGUGUCGAUUGGACUAAGUCAACCCCUGGAUUGUCCGUUUUCGUUGACCCUAGAGAGAUAUAA